AUGUUGGUGAUUGAAUAUGAAACCGAGUUCAAUCGAAAGCUUCAGUUUGCCCAACGGUUCGUACCAAGUGAAAAGGACACGAUUAAUCAUUUCGUCAACGGUCUUCGACGGAAUAUUCGCGAAUUCGUCACCAAUCGCGAUGUACCAUCAUUUACCAAAGCAGUUGAGAAUGCAAGGAAACGGGAGCAUGACCUGAGUCUCCCUGAUGGCUCUGAUGUACCGGAGAAACGAUCGAGAACUUUAGAUUCUGAUAGAAAAGAGUCAGAUGAAGAAGUGAUAAAUUCGAACAAAAUAAAGCAAGAACUGGUAGAUAAAAUCCGUAAAGCUGAAAAUGAACUGAAUGCUGAAAGGAAUGUUCAAAGAAAGAAGGAUGAUGAGUUGUUAGAAGCUGAGAAAAGAUUUGUUGCUGGAAGGAAAUUAUUGGAAAAGGAGAAGGAUAAGAUAAUAGAAGCUGAAAAGAGAUUUGAUGCUGAAAGGAAAGUUUUUGAAAGCAAAAUUAAAACAUUAAAGCUGAAUACCUCAUUACUUUCAAAACAAAUAUCAGAUUCUGAACAAGUUUUCAUCUUAGAACGAGCUAAGUUUGAUAAAGAGAAGAAAAAGUUUGAAGAAGAACGUCUAAGCAAGAAUUCGAAAUUGUUUGACAACAUUGUUCAGAAGAAGAAAGCACUAGAUGAAGAGAAGUUGUCAAUACUACUUGUUUCUGGGCUGAAACUGUCAAUACUGUUUGUUUCACUCAAAGCCGGUCGCUGA